AAAGUCAAUACCAAAGAAGGCUACAAUGUUGACCUUAGCCAAAAUUCUGUUAAUUUCAACUUUGUCUAGUUCACUACUAUUUGAGGGCCAUGGGAAAGAAACUCUAGACUUAAACACAACACAAAGCAUUGCAGACAUUUUGAAAACAAUGGGAAAUCAACCUGUUUCUUUGGAAAGUGAAGCAAAUUUGAGCUGGUAUAAGGCAAAGAGUAACACCACGAAGCCCAAAACAAGUCUUUCCCCUCCUUUGGUUCCAUUCAACAAAACCCAGGGAUCAUCAGACUUUUCCAGUAACUCAUCCGCAGAGUACUUUCCCAGCAGUUCAGGACCCACACCCACGUUUUCCACAAGCUCCCCAAUGAUCCAUGGCUUUGUUUCUAAAUUGCCUUGGAAUGCAUCUCUAGCAGAUGACCAUUCUUUGCCAGUCUCAGGACAUCCCAAUGCAACACCUGCUGUGUCUCUGGAAAACUUCACUUGGUCUUUGAUCAAUGAGACCAUGAAAGCUCCUGACAACACUUCCGCUACAGUUAGCAUCCUGCCUCCGGAACCAACUACUACACCUGUGACCCCCUUGAUAAUGGAACCAACCGAAUGGCUUACCACCACUAGUGACAGUUUUGCCGGGUUCACGCCCUAUAGAGAAAAAACAACUCUACAGCCCACUUUAAAAUUCACCAAUAAUUCAAAACUCUUUCCAAAUACAUCAGACCCUGACAAAGAGAAUAGAAAUACAGGAGUAGUAUUCGGGGCCAUUUUAGGGGCUAUUCUGGGUGUUUCACUGCUCACUCUUGUGGGUUACUUGUUGUGUGGAAAAAAGAAGACGGAUUCAUUUUCCCAUCGGAGACUUUAUGACGACAGAAAUGAACCAGUUCUACGAUUAGAUAAUGCACCUGAACCAUAUGAUGUAAGUUUUGGGAAUUCUAGCUACUAUAACCCAACUGUGAAUGACUCUUCCAUGCCAGAAGGUCGAGAAACUGCACGUGAUGGCAUUCCUAUGGAUGACAUACCUCCUCUUCGUACCUCAGUAUAAAACGAAGAGGGAAAAGGCUUCGAACAGCAUGUAUUCGUCUGCAUCCUGGUCUUUUAACAAAAACUUUUCUUCCAAGAGAUUACACAAGAUCACU